AUGGCGCCCCACGAAGUCGUCGACGAGGUCGGUACCAAGGCCGACGACAAGGUCGGCAACGCCCCGAAGGAGAGCAGGCGUAACCUGACAGCCCUGGAGGCUAUCUCCCAGGGUGCCACCCUCCCUGGCAUCCCUACAUACCCAUCAUUCGACCUUCACCGCGCCAGCAUCCUCGAGCACAUGGCCGCGACCUUCCGCAUCUUUGCGCGCAACGGCUACGUCGAGGGCAUGGCAGGGCACAUCUCCGUACGGGACCCGGAGAACCCCCACACCUUCUGGACGAACCCGCUGGGCAAGGCGUGGCCGCUCCUGGAGGCGUCGGACAUGGUGCUGGUCAACUACGCGGGCGAGGCCGUCGGCGGCAACGUGAGCCGCCCGUCCAACGCGGCCGGCUUCCUGAUCCACAGCGCGCUGCACAAGGCGCGUCCCGACGUCAACGCGGCCUGCCACGCUCACUCCGUCCACGGAAAGGCCUGGUCGUCCUUUGGCCGGCCCGUCGAGAUGCUCAACCAGGACGCCUGCGUGUUCUACGGCGCCGCGCAGGCCGUCUACACCGAAUUCGGCGGCGUCGUCUUCAGAGAGGAGGAGGGCAAGAGGCUGGCUGCCGCGCUGGGGCCCGAGGGAAAGGUGCUCACCCUCACGAACCACGGCAUCCUCACCGUGGGGGAGACGGUCGACGAGGCCGCCUACCUCUUCACCCUCAUGGAGAGGAGCUGCCAGGUCCAGCUCCUCGCCGAGGCUGCGGCCGCCAACGGCAUCCCCAAGAGGUACAUUGACGAUGCCACGGCAAAGUAUACGUUCGAGAUGACGUCGACACCCGAGAGCCUGUAUUGCGAGUUCCAGCCGCAGCUCGAGGUGGACAAGGCCAUGAUGGCGAGGGGGCAAUUUUGGUAG